AUGGAGUUAAUAACCAUCCCGUUCAGUGAGGUGCAGGCUGCGCUGCAGGAGGCAAAGGACGCUUGGACUGAGACCGACAAGUUCAAUACCCACGGCCACUCUUACGAAGACAUCAAUGCGCUAGUUCCGGAGACACCAGACCUCAAGCAUGUCAAGCCAGGCUUGUUCUCGACCUUAUACCAACACUGGGCACCGCUGAUAAUGUCUACUCAAGGUGCAGAGGAAUGGCAUGCCUUCGAGCUUCCUCGCUACCUAGGCUUUGAGACGACAGAGAUGUACCAGGUCUGGUGCGCAAGGGCUUCUGCUAGGCUGUCCAUCUUUGAUGGUCUGAUUGAGAUGUUUCCAGUGCAGUCUCUUGCUGGCGUGAAGACCGAGGAUAUCUUUGGCCGUCAUCGGAAAUGGUUCCUUCGAUUGGAUAGUUGCAGUACCAAGGAUGGCGAGAAUGGUACGAAGCCCAUUACAAGUGUACAGGAUCUUAUCAUACAGCUAUGUACCUCCAUGAGAGGGAGGCGGGCCAUCUUAGAUAUCCUCGAGGGCAGCGUGGAGAAGCCCAUGGUUUUUCUGGUUCCGUAUAAUGAGCUGAUGGAUCCCUCGCGCGAGUUUCGGGUCUUCUGCCCACCGCCGGGGAAUGUCAUCGCUGCCAUAUCGCAAUACCGAUGGGCAUCCCCGUUUGCAGUUAACAAUAUGGAAGAUGCAGUCAAAGUGGCCCAUCAGGUUUGCCUUGAUUCGCUAAAGAUUCGCAGCAAGAUCAUCGAGACAGCCCGGCAGUUGCCAGAUGGGUUGGUUCUGGAAAUGAUGGAGCGGGAGGGCUUUACUUUUGAUAUCUUGAGUGUGCCUGACGGGCAAACGCAGCUUGUCGAGAUUAAUCCCUUUGGCGCCAUGAGUGGCUGCGGCAGUUGUUUAUUCCACUGGCUGAAGGACUCGAACGGUUUGUAUGGCUUAUCAGGCAAAGUUCAAAUCAAGAUGGCCUUACCCGACAGCCUGCUGGAUGCCAGUUCCAGCCAGUGA